AUGAAAGUACAAGCUCUCUAUUUUUCAGGAGAACAGCUGUAUUAUAAUAACAUCAAAGCCUAUAGCAUCACUCUUGGAUUUGGUUGGAAUGACAAUACUUUUGAUGCAAUUAAAAAAGAAGCUUGUGAUGAACUAAAUAAACAAAACAUUACACCUAGAAUGGUUUUAAAUAAACUGGAUGAAUUGAAAAAACAAAAUGUGGAACAGAGAGAAUUGAGCAGAAAUAAUAUUCCAAAUAAUAUUUAUUCUAGAAUUAAUCAAAUUAAUGCAUAUAAUUCUUCAAUUAGUCAUAGUGCAAACAAAUAUUUCCCACCAGAAUUUAAUACUAUGGAACCCGUUCCUCUUCCAUCUUUUAAUAGAUUAGCCCAACGAAAUAUAUAUAGCGUAUCUAGAAUUCAAAUUGACCUGAUAAUUAGUGGCCUUUAUGGUUCAAAUUCUCCUAAUAAAUCCAUCAUAGAUUAG